CCGAAGUAAUAUUUAAGCGGUCUAGCAACGGUCACUCUUAAAAAAAAGCAAAAUCAUCUGCAUUUCAGCUCAACUAUUGAAAUUUUGUUAAAAAAUGGGCGACUACGACUCGGAUGAAGAGAAAUCUCAAGUGGAGAAGCUGCGGUAUGCGAAAGUGCCGCGCGGAAUGUUUGUAAGUGGCUGGGAUGACGAUGCCGACGAACUUAUUGAGGAGGACAAGAACCCACAAUCUAGCAUUGAACGCAUGAUCCUGUGGGCGGUGAACGAGAAUCGCAUUAGUGAAGUGCGCGAGAUCCUGCGUCUGGAUGCGGAUACAGUGAACUCAAAGGACAACGAUGGAUAUACGCCACUGCAUCGUGCGGCCUACAAUAACUUUGUGGACAUGGCCAAGUUGCUUCUGCAGUACCGCGCAAAUCCCAAUGCUCGCACGGAACUGGGAUGGACUCCACUGCACUCCGCCUGCAAGUGGAACAAUGCGGACUGUGCCCAUUUGCUACUCCAGUUUGGAGCCGAUGUAAAUGCAGAGUCCGAAGGUAAGCAAACGCCUCUCCACAUCACCGCCACUGUGUCCAACUGCCGGAAUACGGCCACAGUCCUGCUGCUGGACCGGAAUAUACUGCCCCGCAAGGAGAACAACUCCGAGGAGCUGGCAUCGGUGAUCGCCCGGCGCACCGGUAUGAGUUUCCCCAUCUUUGAGUGCGGCGACGAGGCCUACGACUGCGAGACAGGACUGAUAGAUUAACCCUUUAACAGCCAAACAAAGUGCAUAAUUAUAGAAUACCUAAUAUAUGUUUAUUUCAUAAAUAA